AUGGCUAACGCAGGGCAGACACCAUUUCCUCUCCUCUCUCUCCCACCAGAGCUUCGCCUAAUAGUAUACGAGAAUAUACCACGCGAACGCAAAUACAUCAAACUCCGAAGCAGCUUUCGGGAUUUCCGCUAUCCCCACUACAUCAUCCUGCCUAUUGGCACAGUCUCCACCAGCCUAUUGGCAUCAAGUGGGAUCAUUCACGGGGAAGCCAGCAGCAUCGUUGACUCGGCAGUCAACGAUUGGCUCCUCGAAGUAAGACCCAGGAUCACCUGCUCGUUCGAGGCGAUCGUCUCCGGGCACUUUUACGAUUUGCUCGAGUUGCUUUGCGAGCAAACCUCCCGAUUCAUGAGGGAUGCACGCCGAAGAUUCUUGGAGCAAAUCCUCGACACCAAGAGGAAUGUGGCCCAAAGGGUCCAUUACCUCAACAUAAUCGCCCACCAACUCGCCCACGGCGAAGCAACCUUCGACCUCGCGGUCGUUCUGCCGAGUGGUAUGACUACAAGCCAAUACUACGAUUACCAGGAGCACCUGGGGCCCCUCGGGGAGCUUUUACGCAGAUUCCCAGGCAUCAAGAUGAGGAUCGUGAGCCACUUGCAGUGGAACAGGCGGCUCUGGAAGUUGGAGCACGCACAGGACCAGCGGGCGGAGUGGAUCACCAGCCUCAUGGAGGCUUGGUAUCCCUCCCAGAUCGAGUCGAGGCUGGAGGCGGGAGGAGAUGGCGACCAGCUCGCUGAGCUGAUAGCUCUUCCUGGCUUCAACAAUCUAUCACCAGAUAGUAUUUCUACUUACAUCAACCUCAUGGAGCUGAUUCAAAAUCAAGCGCUUGGAUAG